GACAGUUCGAGUUUCCUCCUAAUACUGUCCUAGUGAGUGCUGUGUAUGCAGUAUCACUCUCAAAGCCUCUCCUCAAACGACUCAAGUUAGAGAUACAGCACUGCAUUGAUUUAACAGGACGACCAGAUCUUGCACAAUACUUAAAGUUUGCUAUAGCUCCCGUAAGCACACCCAAUCUUCCUUAUCAAUUUAAAUUAGUUGAGGGAGGAGAGUUUAGCUCUAAUACUGGGUAUGGAUCCAUUCAACGUAAAAAAUUCUGUUUGGUUUGUAUACUGGGGGAAGAAUGGACUAAUGGAGGAGGUAAUGGUGUCUUAAUAGCAUCAGUUAAUGCAGUCACAGAGGGAGAAGAGGAAGAAGAGGAACAGCAACCACAACAAGAGGAGAAUGAGGAGGAGGAAGACAAUGAUGAUCAGGAGGAGGAGCAAAAUGAAGAGAGAGGCAAAGAGGAAGAAGAGGAUGAUAAUGAUAGUAACAGUGAUGAUGAUACCAGCACCAGCAGUACUCCACCAGGGGCUAGUGGAGCAUGUAAAGAGUCUACUACUAAAGAGACUAACCUCCCAACCAAUACAGUGUCUGUUGCUGGUCCUACUACUAUGCCAAACACUGAUCAUGUUAACAAAGCACAGUCCACUGGUGUAAGGAAAGCUGUAACAUAUGCUGGUCUGGUUUAUUAUGAGGAGAAAGGUAUAGAGGAUAUGGUAACAUUCACUGCAGCUAAGAAUUUGGAAGCACUUAUUCAGUAUAUUGAACGAAAACACUCUCUAGCUGAGAUUGGACCAGAUACUUCCUUUAGUUUCAAGUUUCCUUAUGAUUAUGUUGAAUUAAAUGUUACUGCAGAACAGGAUGAACCAUUCACUGGAUGGAUACUUAGACCUCACACUAAACCCACCAGAUUAUAUCAAGAGGCCAUUGAUAAAUUUGGUGAUAAGGAGCAUUCUCGUCCUUCAUGUUGUCUCAUAUCAGUUUAUGGAUCACCUGAUGCUGUCCCUUUUCUUAAUUACUUCAUACCACUGGAAGGUGUGGUUCGUCCAGUUGCAUUAAACAUUCAUAAGGCACGAAGAAAUUUCACUGUUCUUGUCUCUCCUACAACAAGUCCUACUACCUCCUCCUCCUCUUCUAAUACAAUUACUGAAGCUACUGCAUCAUCCACUGGAGGAGCUAGUGCAUCAGCUACUGUUGAUGUUGAUAAAGUUAAGAAGGUGAUUAACAGUGUUCUUGUGUCUCAGUUUGCUGCCCUUUCUUCUCUGCCUAAAGAAGCAAUCCCUAAACUUGCUAAUGAGCUUUAUGCUGUUCAUCUUAUUAACAGUGCAGUCAGAGACAAUCCUUCAGUUGAGAAGUUUAUUGAUGAGUUCAAGGCUAGUCUUACUUUCAUGGCCGAAAUGUCAGACGUUCAAGAGCACUGUUUAAAGUUUUUAAAUUCAUUCCUUGCUGUAAGUGGUAGCUUUACUAGUGCAGCAAAGUUUUUGUAUCAGAAAUGGAUUGAAGCUAUUAAAACUGAACUAGGCAUUGAUUUCAUUAUUAAUAUUAACUUUUAAUGUAUAUUGUAACAUUUC